GUGGAAGAGACACAGAUGUCUAUCAAACUCGCCUUCACGUACUUUCUUGAAGUUCGGAUCCCAGCGGACUUCACAUUUUCACAGGUCCCCCGCUGUGGUUGCCCGCUGGGGUUGCACGGCGUGUUGGGACAACUGCACAAGAUCGCCCGCAUCAGGGGUUCACAUGUUGUCGCAACUGGCCAUCGGAAUACGGUCGUUUGCCAUGUCUGCCUUCGCACUUGACAUGUCGGGAAAUCGGUCGGUGGAAGAAGUUCGGAUUCUGGUGGACUUCGUUUGUCCGACAGAAAGACAUCGGUCCCUUGAUGUGCCUGCGCAUAUCGACAUGUUUGGGUGGGUGUGCGAUUCGACGGGCGCAUUCAAGGGCCAGACGAAAAUGCCAACAUCGCCGGAAACCGAACUUCUUCCGGUGUCCAGUUGCGCGAUCAGUUCGGUUGGUAUAACCAAGGUCGUGAUGGCGGAUUGGGACGACCUCGUUUCGAUUUCGAGUACUGUGCCGGCGACGCGGGGUGUGGUGGCUGCUCAACGCUCGUGGUUGGAUGACCAACAAGUUUCGAUGACCGACGAGGUUCGACGUCCGGUGGCGUUCUAUGUCUGCCAAAAUUUCGAUGCCCGCCGAGGUUUGAUGAGGCGCCAGAGGAUUGAAGGGGGGGAGGUAAUCCUUUCCCCACGCAAGCGUGGAGUAAAGAAGUUCACGAUGAAGAGCUCUUUGGAUGACAUCGACACAGUGGAACCGCUCAGGUGGGCACUGAGGCAGCUUAUGCAGUGCUCGAUUCUUGAGUACUUAGCCGCAUCCAGGCCAGCUCACGAUGAACUCCAAAUGAUCACGCGGAAGAGCCGCGUACCUCUAGGGGAAGAUGUACAGAUGACCCCUAAGCCAAAAGCACCGACUGUAGCGGUGUCAGGGGUGGGCGCUAAAGCUGAACGCGCCGCCACGGUGUACUUAGAUGGGAUGGAAGGUGUGCCUCCUGACAAGUUUUAUAUUUUGGGAAGCGGAACAGUCGAGACCAUUCUCAAUGACGAGAGGGUUCUUCAAGGAGUGAUUGACAAUGGUAGUGAAGCGGUCAUCAUAGAUGAGGAACUCGCUGUGCGAUUAGGGUUGAACCUGGACAAGUCUUACCUGUUCGAGAUAGAGAGAGCCGAUGAGAGGAAGCAAAAAAAUUCCGGAGUCUGCCACAAGGCGGCCAUCGAGGUCGAAGGUCUGCGCGUUCUGAUGCCUAUCUUCACGGUCAGGGACUCGGAGCUAUUACUAGGACGCACGUGGUUGAGCCACGUACAUGCGGUUACGAUAGAGCGACUGAUCGGAAGCCAGAUGCUUUCCAUUAAGCGUCAAGAUAAUGGUCGGAUUAUGAUAGGGACAGUCGAGCCUCGUGAUCCGAGGAAUAGAGCGGCUUUAGCGGCUGACGACAUACGCAAGCAAGCCACCCUCGCAAGUCGCUCGCUGCGAUUCCGCGAGAAGAAGUACGGGACGUCUCUCACGGAGAAAGAGGGGCGCAUACUGGAGGUCGAGGACUUAGGUGAUCGCGCCCUCGUGGAUGGAAACUCUUAUCUGAAGGCUGAAGAUGAGGAGUUCGGAGGUAUGAUCGCGGUGUCUUUUUUAAGGGCGUAGUCCCCUACGGGGGGCGACCAAAGAGACACAAGACAGUAGCUCAAAAGGUUAAGCCGGCGGCAGUAACUCGAGAGCGAUCGGCACUAGACGGAAUAUCUGAAGAAGAGAUUGCUCGAUAAAUUAAAGAAAGGAAG